CGCGCUCGGAAAACUGGCAUGGUUUUUUGGAGGCUGGCAGUUCAAAGCUGAAACGUCAGAUAUGACUCCUAGAGCCUGCUGAGAUGAUCAUUAAGGGAGACUUAGCUCGGAUGGCAGAAGACAUCGGGCAUGCAGGUGGUGGACUGAAGACGAUGCUGGAUGCCAUGGAAGUUCCAAGUCAUGCUAGGGAUCUCCUCUUGCAGCUCAACAGCCAGCGCACCAAGGGCUUCCUGUGUGAUGUUAUCAUUGUGGUUCAGAACGCCCUCUUCAGAGCUCACAAGAACAUUCUGGCUGCCAGCAGCCUCUACUUGAAGUCUUUGGUGGUCCAUGACAAUCUCAUCAACCUCGACCAUGAGAUGGUGAGUCCAGGGGUCUUCAGGGUAAUUCUGGACUAUAUCUACACAGGCCGCCUUAGUGAGGGAGACCCCAGUUGUCCCACUGAACCCAAUCUAGGGGCUGUCUUGGCAGCAGCCAGCUACCUUCAGCUGCUUGACUUAGUGGCUUUGUGCAAAAAGAAGCUGAAGCGAAAUGGCAAAUACCCUCCCCGCCCAAGUCCUGCAUUUCUGCCUUACCCAAAAAUGGGACCCAAUAGUAUGGGUUUAGGAAGUGGAGGCAGGUAUAGGGUUUCUACUCCUGUCAUUCAACCGUGCCCUCCAGGGGGAAUUUUGAACAGCCAUGCACCCCGACCACCACCACUAGAGGAGCUAGUUCCCCAUCGACUAGCCAUCCACACUGGGGAGCUGUAUGCUCCCACCUCCACCCAGGGGCCUCCGGUGUUCCCGUCCCAGCAGUCAGCUCUGCCGGCCCUGCUUGGGCGCUCAGCCCUCCCUGAGAGGAACUGCUCCCCCAACUAUGGCCUUGACCUCUCCAAGAAAAGCCCCAACUCCCAGACUCAGCACACACCCUCUCGGUCCCAUCUGGCAAACACUCAUAAUGACAAGGAGCGAGAUGACACUCUAGGUGGCCGCAAUAGUCCCAUACAGGUGACGAAUGGAAGGACCUUCCCCUCAGAAAAAAUGGACUCAACUGACCAAGGAAGCUCCCUCACUCCUCCACUUUUCCCCCAUCUCAACCAGCCUCUUGGGCCACACCUCCCUCACCUGAAUCACUCAGGCUCUCAGGGCACAGAUCGCUACCCAUGCCCCCCCAGCCCUAACACCCCCAUGGAAGGUGGAGAGGUGGGUAACAUUUACUGCUGGGUGAAACACGAGCCAGUGUCGUACCCAGUUGAGGAUGAAGAUGAGGAUGAGGAUGAGGAGGAGGUGGGUGAAAACGGAGACCAGCAUCAUAACCACCACAAGGCCGGGGAGGAGAGUGAAGGAGCAGAUGAGAAAAGCGGCUCAGGCACAGAAGAGACAGGCAGCAGUGAAGGCCGCCCGUCCCCUCCUGGACCAAUAGGGAGGUUCCACCUGCCGUAUGAGCCAGAGAGCUUCGGGGACAAUCUGUAUGUCUGCAUUCCCUGUGACAAAGGCUUCCCAAGCUCAGAGCAGCUCAAUGCACAUGUGGAGACACACACAGAGGAGGAGCUGUACUGUAACUCUGGCGGAGAGAUAGGAAACAGCAAUAACAGCAGCACCAAAAACAUGAGCAGUAAUACGAACGGUUAUGGGAACCUGAACAGCAACAGUUUGAACAGCCUGUCCCAUCUGGAGACCAAGUCUAGCCAGGGUCUGGGUUCAGGAGGCAUCGGGGAGAUGAUCCGACCCUACCGCUGUUCCACCUGCGAAAAGUCCUACAAAGAUCCGGCCACUUUGCGCCAACAUGAGAAGACCCAUUGGCUGACACGGCCUUACCCCUGCACCAUCUGUGGCAAAAAGUUCACGCAGCGUGGUACCAUGACACGCCACAUGCGUAGCCACCUGGGCCUUAAACCCUUUGCCUGUGACUCCUGUGGCAUGCGCUUCACUCGCCAGUAUCGCCUCACUGAGCACAUGCGCAUCCACUCUGGGGAAAAGCCCUACGAGUGUCAGGUGUGUGGGGGAAAGUUUGCCCAGCAGCGCAACCUCAUCAGCCACAUGAAGAUGCACAGCAGUGGAGGGACUGCAGGGGGCCUGGCCACAGAUGGGAAACUGAAGCUGGACUUUACAGAGGGCAUCUAUCCUCUGAAUAAAUACACAGCAGAGCACCUGGGGCUGAAGCAGGAGAAGGCCAGUGAGCUUCUCAUCCAAGCCCAGCACCAACUGGUAGCUGAUGCCAAGGUCAUAGAGAGCCUCUACCCGCUGUCCAAACUAGCCUCGGAGCACUUGGGCCUCCCCCAUGACAAGAUGGAUGUCCUAGGUCAACCUGUCCCCCCUCCCCCACAAGCUCUCUCUGAAGCCCACACCAUAGACCGCUACUCACCCAGCUAAGACCUGUGACCUGUAUAAAUGGCAAUCAUCAAUCGGUCUGUGUGCACACAACUUGCAGUAUUCUAAAGCCAUUCACCUCAACUCAGUAUCUCCUCUGCACCUCAGACUCAGGCCAAAAGGAAUUGGUCUGCUAAUGCACACCAAAAUGUAUAGACUUACCUUUCUAUGCAUCUAUGUAUCUUAAAGCCCUCCUUCACAAAGGAGGGCUGUGCUAUUCCGUGACCAAGAGACACGCACUCAACGAAGUACAGUAUUUAUGUACAGUUUAUACAAACAAACGUUUUUUUUUUUUUUUAGACAUUGAGCCAAAGUGACAAAUUGAAAACCAAAAUGAAAUUGUUUUAUUUAUUUUUGUAUUAUGGUGAAUUCCAAAGAGAAACUGUUGCAAAGGAAAUGUUGCAAUCUGACCCUAAACCUGUGUACUAGUAUCACCUGUGUACAAAAAAAGCACAUAAGGACAAGAUUCUGGGUUUGUGUCCAGACCUGAGUGAAACUUUAACCAAAUAAAUAAGCCAGCAUUUCUGGACUUUAAUCUAACGGGAGGAUAUAUAUAUUUUAUUAUUUUUAUUUUUCGUUUUUGGGGUACUGGACAAGUUAUGUAUCUCACCCUCCGGCUUCUCCCCAUCAUGUUCCUGCUUCCCAAGUUGCAAGGAAAUGACUGAAUGUUAUGAGCAAAGCUUCAGCAUUUCGGUAAAGUCUACUCCACUUUAUUUUCUCCACAUUUUUUAAAGUAACCCACUCCCCCGCAUAUUUGUGUGGAUAAAGGCUCAUGCUCUGUGACAGUAAUGGUAGCUUAAUCAGCCCUACACUCAACAUGUAACCCCUCUUGAGCUAAAACUUCCUUUGCAUUUUCACUAACAUUCUUCAGUUGUUGUUGAGAUGCAGCAAGCGCAGCCCUGUGAUCUCAUAACUGGGACAUGAUUGCGCAUACCCAACUGAUGACACACUAAUCCCUGUUCAUCAUGAGUGUAGCUUCAUCUGAUGUGUAGACGAAGCAUGGGUGUUGCCUCUGACAUUGUGUAAUAUUUACAUUUAUGGAUGAAGCUGAGCAGAGAGGCAGGGACCAGGUCAGAUGACACAAAAAUCUGUCAUUUACUGUCAGGAGCGGUUACUCCAUUCAUUGCAGCUUGAUGAUUAAUGGUGGAGCGGCAGAUGCCGUGUUGGACGCCGCUCCACUGUUUGACCUCUCAUUUGACCUCUCUCCCCUGUAAGUCUGUUGUCUGGGAGCCCUGCUACUGUUGACAGGCCAAAGAGAGUGCUGCACUCAGCUCUUUGCCUUAAAAGUGCUCUAUAUAUGCUCCCCCUUCACACACACACGCAUAGUGAGCUGCUAAUCUGUCAGUGAUAUGAACAUAUGAAGGGGUUUGUGGGUCUUUCCUGGAAGCCAGUGGCUGAACAGCAAACCCCAGCUGCUGGGCUCCAGUAAUCCCUGUGAAAUCUCGCUUUCUCCUGGACAAUUCGCACUGUUUGCCGGCAUGAUGUCCCAUUUCAUGCCUGCCAUCUUACCCCUCUGAUCCUCUUAUUAACAUCACAUCCCAAGCCUAGCAAAUGUGUCCCGGCCUCGCAUCUCAUCCCAGCUGCUAACCAACGUGGAACCAGAGAAUGACAUAUGUCUUCAACUGACCGGCAGUUCCUCCAGCUUGAAAACAAAGAGCACUUAAAGGUUGCGGGUUGAAGGCACAUUCUUGUCUUUAAAUGUUUAUUCCAAAGCACAUGCUGAUCUUUUCCCUUGUUUCUUUUCCACUUUUACUGGUCCUUGAUUCAGAUUGGAAAUUUCUGACCACUAUAGUGCCAAUGCCAACCUCAGUGGGUGAAUGUGAAGACGAAAGCCAUAAAUACACUGUGAUAGACGUAGUGAAUCUGAAAAGCUUAAAAAAAAAACAAUGUGCCUGACUUUUGGGAUUGUUUUUUAAAAAUGUAACAGUAAUUUAAGGGCUUCUUUUCUGUAGCAUAUUAUCAUAUCAAACAUGUCGUUUCCUGUCACUUACUUUUCUUUACUUCAUUUUGCUUUGAACUGAAAGCAGCACACGUGAAACUGGUGCUUACCUCAGGACUGAACCCAGCACGGGAAUAGUAAACCUUAGUAAACCUUUGAAUAACAAUAUAAACUAAUAGACACACAUACAUGCAUACACAGACACUGUUUUUUUUUUUGUUUAUUUAAUUUUCUUACUAACAGGGCAGUUGUCCUGUGUUAAACCUGUGGUUAUUUCUCUACAUUUCUUGUUACAACUUUAUGGUGGAGAGAUAACAUGUAAUAUUAUCUUUUUUAUUUUGAUUUUUACUAUGCGGUAUAAUUUCCUAUUGUGUCGUCCUCAAAGAGGCUUUUGUCGGUCUGACCAGCUCCAUUGUUAUAACAUCAGGCAAAGUCAUAACUGGCUGCUUGGGAAUUUCUGAACCACACUUCAGCGUGUGUAAUGGCAUUGAUCUUUGGUUUCAGCCACACAUACAGUAAAGUCUGGGUGACUGUUUUGAAAUCAGUUUUUCCACAAGAUGUAUUAUCUGUACUUUAGCCUCAAACUAGCCUCCUAUCUUUUGACCCCUUUUUCUCCAGAGGUUAGUGAACUCUGGAUGAGAGGCAGACUGAGGCUGUGCGUGCACAUGAGCACACAGGAAACCAGUUUGUUUUGGUUGAUGCUAUAAGUUUUUUAUUUAGUUCUGUAACCAUAAACAAGUAAUACCUUAAAUGAAACUGAUAGCAAGAACUUUGUCCACAAAUGUGUAUACGUGUUAAAAAUGUUGGAACCAGUGGACGUUGGUCAUGGGAAUUUCAGUCCCCUUGCUCUCUCUUAUUCACAGGUUUAAAUGAAGAUCUGUCUCCUCCUUUUCCUUGCCUUACACCACUAAAAUAACACAAAGUCUUUCCACUGUCACUUCAAAUCUGUGCAGGAGGGAAGAACAAGAUAGCGCUUGAACAUUUCUGUAGGAUGUGCACUGUUUGAAAUUUGCUUAAUUGCAUUAACGUGUGUGACAGACCGAGAGGGGGGGGAGGUUGUAUAUCUGUAGAAAGGGAAAGCUUUUGCUUGUCUGUUUGUGUGUCCCGAAGCUAUUUGAGCAUAUGAAGGGGCUGUUAAUGCAUGUCCUGGGAAUAGGGUUGGGGUGAAGGAGAAGAGCUGAGGCGCAGGAAGUGAACUUUUGGCUGAUGUGUUGUGUUGAGCAGGAUGUGCUGCGUGUUUGUGCUCAGAGGCAGAUAGAGAGACGGAGAAUGGGGAGGGAGAGGAGCAGGGCGAGCGCAGCAGGGUGGACACAAGCCAUUGUCUCAAUAUGAAAGCCUAGUCGUACUUCUAAAACUCUCCAUUCAGAAAAAAAAAGUGACUGUAUCUUCUCUUUUCCUUCCUCUUUUUGCUCUUUGAGAAUAAACCUCUGUUCAGUAACACAGUGAUAGGACAUUGUGGCUUUUCAAGGGCUUCACAGUGAGGAAGCCAUGCAGACAUUUUGUUACAAUUUGAGGAUGUUAUGGAUAGUUUUUUUUUGUUUGUUUUUACAUACUUUUGGUCACAGGAAAUUAUUUCAAAAUUUUCAGUAUAUUAUGUCCAUAUUUUGAACCAUUUUAAAAAUGUGGACAGGGACGAUGAGGGGCCUAGAAACUGGUGCCAUCUGUCUACAGUGUAAAUGAUAAUUAAAAAGCUGGCAGUAUUUCUUUUGCUCUGCGGUUGAUUCAUUUAGUAAAAGCAAAAAAGACUUGUUUCAGUUUACUGGUGUAGCCACUCACCCCUUGGGGUUUUAUGUCAUGUGCCUUUGUAAAUGUUAUUUAUAAGACACGCCGACCCAGAAACGCUCUCAUUGCCACUGUAGUUUUUUAGAUGAAGAUGUUUUGAAAGUCAUAAAAGGAAUUAGUUACAUUCAUUAAUAUAAUGAAAAUAAGUGAAAACAAAUAUAAAUGACUGCAGCAACACAAACUGCUGACUCUGUUAUGUAGGUUGAUCUUUUCAUUUUAUUUUAUUUUUUAGGCCAUUCCAAUCCUCUUUAACGAUAUGGCAACCAUCCCAGGCCUGUAACUUUUAUAACACUAACAAUAUAGAAGUAGAACAGUCUGGAUGAGUUCCAGUGUCCCUGUGUAGACCAAAAAAGGGGUCUGGUGUAAUGUUAUAAAAUGCAAAGCAUACCCUUAAAGUCUAUUACUAGCAGUAGCUGGCUGAAGUCACCUGAUGUGAAAUCAAACCGCUGUUUGACAUUUAUUGUGUUUCACACUGUGUGCCAAAAGGAAUGAAGCACUUGGCAGACGUUUCAGAUGGUCAAAACAAAACUCAGUGACAGUCUUUGUAGUUUGCACAGGUCGCAUUGCUGAGGUAAGCUCGACUGGGCCUUCUCAUGAAAGCCAUUAUCUACGUGGCUUAUCAUGAGAGCACUGUGCAGACAUGCCACAACUGUCCAGUGUACAUAUUUCCUGCCAUGAGGUCUUAUGAUUUGAUGUAAGCUAGCGCCAAACACUAUCUAUAAUCCAGCCAUAUUUGACAUUGAAACCAAAAACAAUCUCUUAAAACAACAAACACAAAUGUGCCUUCAGUGUAACAUACAUUCAGUGAUUCUGCAAUCAUUUGUAUGAGUCUAUGUAUUUGCGCGUGGUUGCGUCUGAUGUGUCCACCUGUCCAUCUACAUGUCCGAACAUUUUUUCCACAGUGUAGCAGAGGUUUAACACUUGUAGGAGUCUUUGUUACAAGCAGCUGCUUUAGAUUUAUUUUCCUGAGCUGCACUUUUUCUGGAAAAUCAUUGUAUUGAGAUAUUUUAUUACUCUUAUGAUCCAUUAAAAGUCCCACAAUUGCCUUUCCUCUGGCACUUUGCUUCCCCCACUUUCCCCCAGUGCAAGGCUUGGCCACACUCGUUCACUGCCCUUGUUACCUCAAAGCACAGCUCCCCUCCUCACCUCUCGGUGUCCCUUCUCUCUUCUUACACAAACCGCUGACCCACAGCGCCCGCUGCCUCCCUCCUCUCCCAUGAACCACUUACUUCCAGCUGUUUUUCAUGCUGUAGAAGACAGUUGUCUAAAUGUUUAUGUGACAAGCUACUUUCUUUUUCUUUAAGCCCUGAUCAAUUUCCAAAGUGAACUUUGUGGCAUGUGUUAAAAUACAGCAGAUGAUGAGCCAAAUAAAAAAGUCUGACAUCGUUAUUGUAUUCUGAUGCUCAAGCCAAGAAAUGGCUUACAAAGGGGAGAUUAAAGACAGCAUUUCGUUGUAGAGGAAAUGCAGAAUAAUGAGAGGGGAAAUGUUCUAGGGAAAAUAUGCUCAGAAAGAUGUCUGUAAAGUAAACAUGUAUGAAAUUGCACAAUUGAGUCGGGCCUCGGCUGCACCAGCCAAGUCAUUCGCUGAGAUGGAGAGAACGAGUAAGGGAGAAGGGCUGAGAGGAAAAGAGCCAGAAACACAGAGAGAGAGAGAAAUAGCUUGUGCUUGACAGUCAGACCUCAGUACAUAACAAGGAAAGUUGGUUACUCGGUGUAUCACCUCUUUUUUCCACUUUGUGUUGUGAGCUGCUCUAUUUCAUUUCCCUCUUUUAGGAAACUAUUUUUUGGCCUUUUCAUCAUUGAUUGCUGCAGGCCAUGGUCAGGUUUUUGCAUGUUAAUGUUCAUGUCAGCAUGCCCUCUGAGGUGUCAUCCUCAUUUCAGACCCAACAAUUACCACCCAAUCAGCACGUGGCCCUCAGUAGGUUCUUUGUAGUUGAAUAGGGAAGGUGCUUCUGACUGCUCACAUCGUCCUGCAUCUGUAUAGCUUGGAUCUCAGAUAUUUCUCUCCCUUGAACACAUCCAGGAUAAACAAAUUGGACUAUGGCAUAAACCUUUUUAUUUACGGUGUACAACUUAUGCUCCUGAGGUUUAAAUUCAAAGACAAAGAAAAAGCAAGGUAGGACAUUUGGAAGAGUGAAAGUUAGUCAGGGAGAAGAUUUGUAUAUCUCUUAUAAAACAUGCUCUCCUGUACAGACACUUCCACACGCAGCUGGAUAGCAGACUUCUGCUCUGGAUUAGGUCAGAUAUAAUUAGAAUGUCCUGUGCCGUUUGGAGUGUCGCUUCAUGUAGGAAAAGCCAUUAUUAAAGAAAAGGCACUUCCACUGAUGCCUUUCACCCAAUACACACCAACAACUUUGCCUAAAAUGUUACAGGGCCCCAGGGUCCACACACACACACCAAAGCAUCUAGAUGGUUUUGGAAUAUGGCUAUGUGUGUGGAAAUGAUGGAUCAUGCUCUAAUGAAGAUGGCUGUGAUGUUUCAUAGUGGUUGUACCCAACUGGUUGUGGUUCAGGGAUAAGAAGGUCCAGCAGUAACACAGACUGCCAUGCAGACAAUAGUAGCUGCACAUUAAUGGAAGAAAACACAUGACCGAACACAUAUAUCACAAAUUUGCAAUGGAACUGAGAUUUUUUAGAGGAAGACAGGUGUGAAACAUUAGCAGUGUCUUGUGUUUCAUUUUAUGGUUUUACAACAGUUCAUACCAUAAAUACAACUAAAAGCAAUACAGUAAACCAAACAGUAUUUUUUUCAUGUUCUACGUUUCAUUGCCAAUAUUGAACUUACUUUGCUUUAGUGAAAUGAAUGUAUUUAUUGCAUGUCAACAUGUUUUAUAGUUCAUUUUUGUGUAAAUUUCAAUUGUGGGUUUUUAUAAUAAUUUCAUUUAAUUAUAGUGUCUUGAUAAAAUCAUGUUGAUUAGGCUUUUAUUUUUUUUAAAAGCCAAUGUGAAAAAUGUCUUUUUUUUUGGUUGUUACUAUAUUCAAAAUCAACUUGGCAAUAAAAUGAAUUGCAUAAUGGA